AAGCAGAGAUGUUUGACGAGAUUACGUGAAAUUCUUCAGAAGCCCCAAACCUUUGGUCGCUUUGAGGUGGAACAAAUUUCGAGACGUCAGUGGGAUGUGCACAAAGAGUACGGUACUAACGAAGACAAAAGCUUUAAACUGUUGAAUCCGCCCGUCAUGUCGUUAGAGUACGAGACUAAGAAAGACAAAUCGAAAAAGAAGGAACCUAGGGUUAACUCAGGGCGGGUUAAUAUGCAGGAGUUGAUGUACGAAGUUGUCGCAGAGUUGCCGCUUGACAGCCUCUUAGAACGUAGAUCAAUUACUUCCGUACUAGAAAACCCUAAUCCGGAUUCACAGUCGUCUAUGUCAUCUUGUGUCAGUCAGUCCAAGAAAAAACGUUGUUCUGUUAAGGUGGAAGAGAGACGUCCCAAGAAAGGCAAAGUCGUUAGUCCUUUAGAGGUGCAACCAAAUUCAAACGACUCCACCCGAUUGGCUUUUGAACGUUAUGAGGAACGAGAAUGGCUACAAUCCGAAGCUGAUCUCAACGAGGGAAUUGUUUAAGUCUGAUCUCGAUAAAGGUAAAGCACGUCUCCAAGUCCCUUUUAACCAAGUGAAAACUCCGGACUUUUUGACAGAGGACGAGACAAGAAUCAUACAUGAAAAUGCCAUGAAGAUUCGUGACGAUGGUGUGCCUGUGAAUUUGGUGGAUCCUCGGAUGAAUAAGCAUGCGCUUGAGUUGAGGAAGUGGAAGAUGAAGGGAAACUGGAAUUAUGUCUUUGUUAAAGGUUGGAACGAUGUGCUUGAUGCUAACAAGUCGAAUUCGUUUAAGGAAAAAGACGUCUUUCCUCUCUGGUCUUUCCGAUCUGGAACAGGCAAACUCUGUUUUGCUCUCACCCCAAAAAUUCCAGCAACGGCUCUACUUCAGGAGAAUCUGGCAGUGGCGGCGAUGGUGCUUCUACUUGAGGUGAAUCUGGUCAGAACAAAGGAGAGAGAACUUGUUUUCUUAUAUUAUCACAAAAAGAUCCAUCAGGCUACAACAACACACAACAAGUGUAAAGUUUCUUGGCUCUACUAAAAACUCAAAAGUCUAAGUUGGAUCAAUCAUCACCAUAGGCCUUGAAACAAUACCGCUCAAUAUAAGGAGCGUUAAAGAAAAGAUCAGCUUCCAACCAUUUCGGAUACCGAACAAGAUCUCCAGCUAAAAACUGCAUAUACCUCUUGCUUCCUUCGGGAACUACUCGAACCUCUCCUUGUUCAAUGUAAACCAACUGAUCCACCUGCCAAUCCCAUGGCAAUUUGCAUUUCCCUGUCUUCCAAACUGACCAUCUCGAAACCCCGAGUUCCUCCAACCGUUUCUGUGAAACUUUCCGUUCCACUUUAACAUUGUAUAGCUCCUC